UCUAUAUUCGUUAUUAUCGAAAGUUUGCGUCGUUGCUUACUUCACGCAGGUCAUUUUGUGACGUGUUUCAGUGUUAAAGCCGCUAGCUUGUCGACUAUUAGUAGAAAAAAUGGAGUUCGUUUUCAAAAAAUUUUGUGCUGAUUAUGUCAAUAGAACUCCAAGAAAAAUGAAAUUGGUAGACGUUUAUUUAGGCUUCGUUUUGUUAACGGGAAUCAUUCAAUUUAUAUAUUGCUGUUUGGUUGGAACAUUUCCCUUCAAUUCGUUCUUAUCUGGAUUUAUCAGCACAGUGAGCUGCUUUGUGUUGGGAGUUUGCUUGCGACUACAGGCCAAUUCUCAAAAUAAACAUAUUUUUGGAGGAAUCUCUUCCGAAAGAGGAUUUGCUGAUUUUAUUUUUGCGCAUGUUAUACUUCAUUUAGUAGUUAUGAAUUUUAUUGGUUAAAAUAAAUACAAUAUAAAACAUUUA